GUAUUUUUGAAUGUUGUACACUGUACGGACACGAACAUCUGUUUGUAUUUGAUUGACACACGCACACAAACACAAAAAUAACAAGUGGGCGUAGAGUAUUGUCAUUCAAAUCAUCUGUUCUCGUAAAUCGUUGUAUAUUUUGUACAUAAAAUUAAUUUAUUUGUGAUUUAUUUAUUAAAUUUAUAUUUCGUUAGUUGUAACAAUUAGUUGAGAGCGCGAGUGAGUUAUGCCUGUGUAGGUUUUGUUUUUUAUUUGUGUGACGUCAUUGUUUUCGACUGCCAGUAAACGACGCAAUUGCAUUUUACGUGAAAAUGGAUUUAAAAUGAGAAUUGUUUUCGUAAACAAGACGACUAUAGCACAAGAUGUCUGCGGAGUCCCCGCGACACGUGCGCUCGGGCGGGCCGCUCACGGUGCCGUCGCGACCGCCCAGUGACCGCAGCAUCAUCGACGCCGUCUCCGGGUUCAUCAACGAUGUCACUCUGUCCUCUUCCUCUUCUGUAGACCCUAAGGAUGUUAUACAGUGGGCGCGGUUCGAAACCGCCGACAUAAACGAGCCCACACCAGAAGGGGACAGUGAUAAUGACAUAUCCCCCCUCCUUCUCAUCCUGGGCUACGGGUCCGGGGUGCAGGUGUGGCUGAUCCCGCCCUCCGGCGAGGCUCAGGAGGUGUUGUCAUGGCGACAAGGCACAGUGAGGGUGCUCCGUAUACUGCCAACUCCGCAGCACGGCGACUGCUUCGCGUCGAAAAGGCCCCUCAUCGCCUUGUGUGACUCCGCCAGUCCUGGACCUACAUUCUGCUCGCUCAGUUUUAUAUCUAUUCGAGGUGGUGAGCAGGUAAAAAGCAUUAAAUUCAAGAACCCCAUCUUAGACGUGUUAGCUAAUAAGCGUUCCGUGGUAGUCUCCUUCUCGGAACGGUUCGCAGUCUUCGACGCGGCCACUUUGGAAGACCGUAUGGCUGUGACCACUUGCUAUCCGUGCCCCUGUCCCCUGGGGGGCAGUUCCCCCAUCAACCCUCUGACCUUGGGGGACCGCUGGUUGGCAUAUGCUGAUAAGAAGCUCAACCAGUCUAAGAGAAGCAGUGGCGGGUGCGAAGCGGAAGGUGUGACCAGCUACACGGCGACCGUACUCCACGCGGCCAAGUCCUUGAGCAAGGGUCUACGGGGGCUGGGCGAGAGCGUCGCGCACAGUCUCUCCGGAGGCAGAAGCACCUCGCAGUCGCCCUCGCCGCCCAACGCGGACAUACAGCAGCCUGGAAUAGUCACCGUGCUGGAUAUUGAGGGUUUAGACGACGAAGAGGGCCAAGACAGCGAAGAUCAAUGCGACCCAAUCGUAGCUCACUUCGUGGCGCACUCGGAAGCGAUCAUUGCCCUGAAGUUCGACGCGAGUGGCAUGCUGUUGGUGACAGCUGACCGCCGCGGCCAUGACAUCCACGUGUUCCGCAUCAACCCGCACCCCUGCGGGCCGAGCCUCGCGUCUGUUCACCAUCUUUAUAUAUUGCACAGAGGUGAUACUACGGCGAAGGUUCAGGACAUCGCGAUCUCGGGUGACGCGCGCUGGGCGGCGGUGAGCACGCUGCGCGGCACGACGCACGUGUUCGCCGUGAGUCCGUACGGCGGGCCGGCCGGCGUGCGCACGCACUCGCAGCCGCGCGUCGUCAACCGCCUCUCGCGCUUCCACCGCUCCGCCGGCCUGCCCAUCCACGCCGCCGCGCACAAGCGCGCCUCCGCCAGCCCCGUUGGUGACGGCCUAUCUCAUGGAGCGUGGUACCCUAACCCGCGCUUGCCGCCGUAUCCGCUGCCCACCACAUGCACUCCCCUGGCACAGAUACGUCCAACGGCCAAUUUGCCGACGCACACCAUCACUAGAAACAGCUCAGGUCGUCAGCGUCUAUCAUCUGGGUCGGAGGAAGGCAGCAGUGCGCCCUUGCUGGCGCGUGCCCGCUUCGGUCCCGUGGGCGUGGUGGCGGGCGGCGUGGGCGUGGCGGGCGUGGGAGGGGCGCCGCGCCGCCCCGCCCCCUCCGCGCCCGUCGCCGCGCUCUACCUCAUGGCGGCCGACGGCUCAUUGUUACAUCUGCUGCUGCAUCCCAGGCCGCUGUCUAGUAUCCCGAAGGAGAAGAUCUGCGACGAGUCAGCGAUCGAGCUGGAGGUGGAGGCGGUGUCGCAGUGGCCGCUGCAGCGCCCCGCGGCGGCGGCCGACCUGCUGGCGCCGCUGCCGCCCUCCAACCCGCUGCUGCAACCGCUCACCUGCCGGAGGUGUGCGGACAUAUGCAUGAGUGAAGAGGAAAGAUGGUUAUCGAAAGUAGAGAUAGUGACGCACGCGGGCCCGCACCGUCGGCUCUGGAUGGGGCCGCAGUUCGUCUUCAAAACUUACAAUCUCACCGGGUCGAACUCGUCGCUGUCGGAGGCGGAGACGGUGGAGGUGGAGGCGGGCGGCGUGGCGCGGUCCAACCCCGUGAACAUGCCGGGCGCGAGGCCGCUCGUGCCCGUGCUCGUCGACUCCGGGUCUGCCAGCUCUCUAGAACACUCGCCGUCGGACAGUUGCCGUCGCAAAUCUCUGUUGGCUGAAAGUGGUCGGGCCGCCUCCGUAUGCGACGUGCAGCUCAGGGAAGACCUGGCAGAAGCCAUGAAAGAAGAUCACGGGUGGGCGCGUUCGGAGAAGCCGGAGCGGCAGCCGGGCCCGGCGCGGCGCGGCGGCGUGGAGCUGGCGGUGGGCCCGGCCGGCGGCGUGGUGCGCGCCGAGGCGGCCGCGGCGCCCGCGCCCGCGCCCGACCCCGACGCGCACACGGCGCCCAACCGCGACGAGGCCACGUUCCGGCCCGUGGUGCGCGCGCCCGCCGCGCUGCCGCCGCGCGCCGACCUGCCGCUGCGCCCGCUGCCGCGCACCACCACCAUCCCCGUGCAGACGCUGCCCGCGGGCGAGCCGCCGCGCGCCGCGCCCGACCCGCUGCCGCUCGCCUCGGGCGUGGUGAUCCCGGCCGCGCUCACCGCCGUGCGCCCGUGGUCGCCGCUGCCGCACUGCGCCGACCUGCCGGACCGCGUGCGAUCGACUCCGAGUCCGUCUCGAUCACUGCCAAAAUCGACCCGGCCGGAUGAUAUUCAAUCGGCCGGGGUUAGAGUUAAGAAAUCUCCCACCCCCGAGGAUAGAAUUAGUGUUGUCAGUUCUAGGAGUAAGAAAUCUAGUAAAAUUAAGAGAUCCGAACGAAUUCGCGACUCCCCUGAUAAGUUAGGGGAAGAUUUAGUAUGUGAGGAACCGAAACCGCGUCGAAAGAUCGAAGAGCACAUCGCCGUAGAAUCUAGUGAGUGUGUGAAGUCUGAGCAAGUCUCUUCUUUGUCUUUAAGUGAAGUAAAAUUACAAGCGAAAAAAGUAAUUGUUGAAUCCGAACUCGAGGAAGAGCGGCCGAAACAAGUACUAAAAGAAAUAAGAAUUUCAAAGGAAUCGACGUUAUCAAAAGAAAAGUCUUCUAAAGUGAAGAAGGAAAAGAAGAGUGAAUUUAAGGAAGUGCCAAUACGUAAAGAACCUGAAUCGUUCGAGGAAAUUGAAGCUCCUAAGAAAUCCGCAUGUGACAGGGAUGAGCUUGUAACUAUUCCGGUUCCAAUUGAAGAAAAAAGUUAUGUUAAAGAAACAUCGCCCAUAAAUUUAGACAAAAUUGGAAAGAAAAAGUCUGACAAGGAAAUGGACAUAUCACGUAGUGAAGUAUUUAAGGAUUAUUAUGCUGUCGUGGAGACAUUGGAUAUUUCCACUAAAAAGGAGACUGAAUCGAAAACAGUAGAGCUUCAAGGACAAGGUAUUAAGACUGAAGAUCAAGCUUGGGAUAUGCUUUUAAAUGAACCGGAUAGACCAAUAAUAACCUUUAACCAACCGAUGGUUAUUGAUAAAACCGUUGAAGAUAUCAAACCAAAGUCUAAAAAGAAUCGUAAAGUUAAGAAAACUCUUGAUGAGGCCCAAUCCAAAUCGGAAGAGGAUAGUUUUGUAGAAAUACACGCUAUUGAAGAGAAUCAGCAACAGUCUAGUGGAGAAUUAGUAUCUAUUUCUUCACCUUACGAUGAUAUUGAACUCACUACUUCCACAAAGAUUAAGAAAUCCAAGUCUUCUAAAACACCCGACAAAAAAGAUACUUCUGAGCCAAAUAAUGCAGCCUCUGUAGAGGAUUUGGACUCAUACACCCUAAACGCUGAAAUUAACGAAGCAAAUAUCGAUAUAUGCGCUAUUGAAGCAUUACCUGAUGUGAAGGCAAAGAAAUUGAAUAAAGAAAUUUCCAAACAGAAAUCCAAUGAUAUUCUUAAAGUGGAUGUUGAUAAUGACAACGUUCCAACGGUUUCAAAAGAAGCUGUGAAACCUAAGAAAGGUAAAUCUGUAUCACCGUAUUCGGAACGCCGUAAAUCUAUUGAAAAACCGCCGGAAACAGAUGUGAAAGAUGUGUACGUUAUUGAUUCAACCAAGGAGGAAUUUCCAGAAAUUCAAAUAACUAAGGUUACAAAAUCACGUAAAAAGUCUCCUCAACCUGAUAAAAAGGUACAGGAAAAAGAAAUUAUUGUUGAAAAACAAGUAAAAUCAUGGAGUUCCAUAGCUGCAUCGAAAAGUAUUAAAAAAACUCAAGAGAAAGAAGUAAAAGAUUCUUAUAACGUUGAAAACAAGCCUGAUAACGUAAACAAAGUAGAAACCGCAAAACUGGACAACGAGGAAAAUAGCACUAGCAAAGUAUCUUUGCAGGAAAAAUUGAUAGAACUCUGCAAAAGAACUGACAUAAUGGUGGCCGAGUGUGAUGCACCGGCAGAAUUGAACUUCGUUGAAGAACAUCAUUCAGCGGUAGAUGAUUUACCACCGUUAGAGGCACUGGACUUUGGAUUGGAUGAUUUUAAAAUAGACGUAAUGAGAGAUAGCCUUCUCGAUGUUAACGAUACAAUGAGCAGUCCAAUUUGUAAAAUUAAUAUCGAUAACAUUUUAUCAACAAUCAAAGAGACAUCAAGCAAGCCUGCUGAUUCAUGCAUGUUCAAUUUGAUUGAUCUGGAAAAAGUCCCAACCAAGCAAGAAAGAGGAUUUAGUGUAGUUGAAAAUGAUAAAAUUACGACCCAAGAGGUGAAAGUAGAUGAUGAAUUAAAAUCGGGAGAUGUCGAGGUGAUGGAAAAGUCAUCAGAUGAUGACAACGCAUCGCCUGGUCUGUCUGCUGAUAGCGAUAAAGAAGAUAAGAAAACAUUAGGUGCACCAAACCUAGCCAUACCUUCGUCAAAGCAAUCCUCUAAAUCGAAAAAAUCACGUAAAAAGAAGAAGUAAUAUCACUAUGUGUUCAAUAUAUUAGCUUUGAAUCAUUUAUCGCAAUAUACAUAAGUAGUGUUCAACGGUUGUUGCUAUUAUUGUUAGUUGUAAUUCAAAUUAAAAUGGUUAAGUACAGGUAAAUAAAAGACAAAAAAAAAAACGUUAAAAUAGUUACGAAAAUGUGAUUUAAAUAUUUGCUACUAAAGCCUAAUAUUACGUGAUAAUACUUCAUUCUUCAUUGAGAAGGUAGUGGUAUUUGAUGUCAUAUCGAAAAAAAGGAACAUAAAAAUAUAAAAAUGUUGUAAAAAUUACCAAAAAUAUUUUUAUCGAUUUUUUUGUGGAGAUGUUCAUAAUCGAUAUCUCGAUAGGCAGUAAUAAUGAUCUUCAUAAAAACCUCGAUAAACGAUCGCUUCUCUUAAUAGUACUUAUUUCUUUUAGGUUAUAAUUAGCUCAGAAUGCUAACAGCUAGAUCUUUACACAUACUCGUAUCCGCGAUGUGAGACUUAGUUAAGGGCCAGUAAGAAUUCUGAAAUAUGAUUUCACUAUUGCUUACGCUGUCUCGUUUACGUAAAAUUUGACCCAUAUUGAAGGCAUUACGAAAUUCGCAGAACUUGCAACAAAAAAAAAAAACAGAAAAACAUGGAAUUUAGAAAUUUACUAAUGUUAUUAAACAUUUCAUAUUUUUUUUUGGUAUCAAUACAAAUAAUGGUUAUAUUUAUAUUUGAGUGAAAGCAGUCUAGUAGAACAUUUAAAAAAAAUAUAUUAAUGCUUUCAAAAAUGGUUCGAAAUCGUACACUUAAUUUUAGUUUAUUUUUGUUAUUAUAUUUAAAUGAGGCUUUUUAUAAAAUACCACGUGGUUCAUUUGCAAAUAGUUUAUCGCGUCUACCUAAUAAUGACAAAACAAAACAUUCAAGACUAAAAUAUUAUGACACUUAAUAAAAUUCUUCAUUAUUAUUUAUUGCGUGCGAUAUAUGCGAAAAAAUAAAAGGAAAAUUUUCAAAAAAUAUUAUGAGUUCGAAAGUAUGUGAAACUGUUUGGGUGUUUCUUAUUUUGUUAGAAGUAAAUGCAAGAACAAAUAAACUGAUUCGGAUAAAAUUAGGUACACGAGUUGUUCACGCCCUGGAUUAACGCAUAGGCUACUUUUAUCCCGAAAAGCUGCUCCCAUGGGAAUAAUAGAUUUUUACAAUCAGAUUUUUCGAAUACAUGGUGCUGGCGUUGUAUGGUGUUUUAGAGACAGUAGUGGGAAAGUCUUUCCACGGGGACGAAGACGCGAACAUAUUUACAACAUAUUACAGAAUUUUAUUAAUAUCUAAGCCAAGACACGGUAGUGACCGCACUGCACCUGAUGAUGGGGUCCAAUAGAACGUCGACUGACUAUAGAUGAUUACCACUCGGCAGUCAACAGAAUUAUUGCGGCCUGUUGGAACUGGAUAUACACUGCCAGAUACUGGAACGCGACACACUUACGCGGACGACUAUGGACUAUGGUCACUCUACCACCAGUAAAAUUACCUAUAGGAUGUCUAUAAACUAUGUGGAAAUGAACCACGUCUAUGUAUUGUAAGAAUACUUGCGACACCUCAGUAUUAAUUUAUUAUCUGCUAACAUUACUCAUGUGCUCUGUGACUAAGUCAAUCCGGUAUGUAAUACCUUUCUCUCGUUUACGGCUGUCUUUUGUACAAAUGUUUUGUUGCGGUGGUCGUCCGGAAUAAUGUUCUUACAUUUAGUUUAUAUUGAACUAAAAUGAGGACUGUUUCGAUAAACGUGUGUUUAUAUUUUUAGACAUCGUCUUUUAUUAAGAAUUAAAAAAUAAAAUAUUUUUCCAAAAGUGUUUACUAAUGUUAUGAACUUUUUUCUUUUAUCUAGUAGUUAUUUUUAGAUUGGGGUGUUUUUGACGACGGUAUUAAUUAAAUAAUGAAAUGCAUGUAGAUCUGCUUGGUAUUAGUGAUUUUUGGACAGUACUAAGCUAUGUUACCAUGAGGUGGUUAAUGGUUUUGUUCAUAGAAAAGUAAUUAUGAGCAAAAAAUAUUAGAAAUAUUAUACAAUGCUAAGAUUUUUUUACGAAUAUUUUUUUUUAAUAUAAUCCUAAAAAUAAAAUAAGAAAGUGCUAUAUUUUUUUUUGGCGUGAUAAAACUAACCUAUUAUAUAUUGUACCUGAGGUAUAUUUUGUGGUGAUAUCAUUGUAAAUAUAGUUAUAAAAGACAUCGAUUAUUUUUAUCAUGCUCAUAACUAAAGAUAGAUUAUUUAAGGUUUUAACAAUCUGACUCGGUUUUGUUUAAGGACACGAGAAUAUUUUACGUAAAAAAAAUUAUGAAUACUCUGGACGAUCACUGCUUGCAUCGGUAAAAAAAGUAUUAUUAAAACAUAUUUUUUUAUUCUAAUUUAUUUAGUUUUAACAUGUUGAAUCAUGACAAAUAUUUAUUAUUAUUCUUUUGUAGUUUAAUUUUUUAUUAUUUCAUUAUUAACUUAUAAGGCAUGCGCAGAUUGCGUUUAUAUUAUUAUAAAUUAAUUUUAUAGGUAUAAAAUUUAUAAGGUAUAAGCAAAACGAGAGAUUGAUUUCGAUUAGUUAAUGCUGUUCAAAUUAUUUUUCAAUUGAAACCUGAUAGGUUAUUUUAAAAACAUUAAUUGUCUAAAAAAAAAUAUUUUCAAAAAAAAAAAUUAAAUGGUAGCUCUUAACCAACGACGUACACAGAAGCCAUUUUUACUUUUUUCAACAUAUUUAACACUCCCUGAGCUGCUUUUAAUCAAUUUUAACACUCACGUAUCUACUCGUAACGGCAGCUUACAUUUUGCUUCCAUUAAAGUGUAUUGAGUAAAUAAUAUUAAUGCCUCCCGAUGAUGUGCUAUUUUUAAAUUAAUAAUGACUAUAGCAAUAAUCUUAAUUAAUUGAUAAGAAUAAGACAGUUUUUAUCGUCUGUAUUUUUUCUUGAUUAACCAACACAAGUAUAAAAAAUGCAUGGUUCAAAUAAUGAAUAAGUUGACAACAUAUUUAUAAUGUGCAUGUGUGUGAAUGCAAGUGAUAAAAACUAGUAACAUUUAAUCACUUUGUAUGAGGUUGUCGUGAUGUGUGAAGACUAUCGAAAAAUCAUGAGAUUUAAAAAAAAAUUAACAUUUUAUUUCAAAUCAUUUAAUCAGUGAUAUUCGAAUUGCGAGACAUUGAAGAAAGGGAUAGAUAAUAGGAAAAAAAAGGCAAAGGAGAUGUUGCUAUUUCACAUAGUUUUUUUAGACGGUCAAGAAACAGAUAUAUUUUGCUAAAGCUGGUGCAUACAAGUUGAUAUAAAUUGGAAAUAAUAUAAAAACAUUUAACAACCAAAUCUAGAAAUUAAUUUAAUGUUAGCCUUAAUUCCUCUCUAUUCAUGAGAUCGUCUCGAAUAGUACGUUCUCUAACAACAAAAUGUUGUACGAAUGAAUCAUAGAUACCUAAUGCAAGGAGCUAUCAUGGCACCUCAUAUAAAGCGUCUUUUCCAAAA